AAAAUGUUUACGCGUUUCUGCUCUAUUGCAUUUACAUAACGCUAAUCGCAAGAACUCAAUCUUGUUUGAAAUGUCAAAGUCUUGAGUGCUAAAAUAUAUAGGAUUUGUUUCUGCACAUAAUUUGUAUAAGUUCGUGCAGUAAAAUUUCAGGUACCAUUUUUUGUGGAAUUUAGCAUUUUUGGGGGCUAAUUUAACUAAUUAGUGUUCUGUUGAUCACGUGAAAAGUGAGGGCAGUAGAGCAAAAUGUGUAAACAAUUAAGCAGUGACCUAUUUUUUUAUCAUCCUUUGUUGCGUCCAAAGCUAAUAUAACUAGACAAUUAUUUUUAAAAUUUACUUGUGUCUAUUCUAUGUUAUGUUAUCAGAGAGUGUUGCGAACUUUAAAUCUACAAAUUUAGAAACUAAACGCUAAUGACUUAUGUAUGAUAACCUAAAUCAUACAAUUUAAACAAAUUUUUGAUACAAUAGAAAUGAAAAAGUUCUAUAAGAAUAAUUGAGCAUAUGCAGUUCAUGAAUAGUUUAUUUCAAUUUAUUAAUCAUGGAUAGAUUUUCAAGUAUUGAUUGGAAUACUGCAUUGGAAGACCUAAUAGAUAACACUUUUAUUAAUGAAGGAAGAUUAGAGAAAGAAAGUGUAAUGUAUCGAAUUAUGACUGGCAAUUUCAAAGAUCCAUUUAAUGAUAUUGAACAAGAUUACAAGAAUGUUAAAAUAAAUCUAAUGAAGGAUGCUGAUCCUGACUUAAAUGAAAUGGAGAAAGAAUAUGAACCUAAGCACACAAAAAAGAUCAAAUGUUAUAUACCUGGUAUUGUUAAACCAAUGUUUAAGACUCUUAAGAAAUCCAAACUAAACAAGGAACAACAAGCAAUGUGUUUAAGAGUCUUGUUAAGAUUUUCAAAAUCUGAUAAACCGAAGCUAACACAAAUAGAGAGAAAAGAAUUAGAAGCGUAUAUGGACUUACAACAAAUAAUAUCUCAAGAACAAGAUGAAUUUUUGGAAUUUGCAAAAAGUAAAUGGCAUGAAAGAUCAUUUAAAAUCGCAUGUGAAGAUUAUAUAAAUUUACAUUGGAAAUUAAAGUUACAAUGUAUUUAUAAAUUACCUAGAUAUUACACUGAAGUAACAAGCAUUCCAUUUGUAGCAGAUAAAAAUAUUCAAGUAAAAUUUCUUUCUAAUUGUUUACAACUGGGUAAAUUACAAAAGAUAGUGUUGCCAACUUUUACUGGACCAUGUAUGCUACAUAUAAAUUCAAAACAAUUACAAAAACGAUUUCUUCCUGAAAAAGAUAAUGUCAAAAAAUCAUUGAUGUUUUUUAAAUUACCUGUAAGUGAAGAUGCAAAUUGUCAAAAAUUGGCCGAAGAUAAUAAUGUAGAUUUGGUAAUUUCAUCUAGUGGUCUUAAUUGUUUAGUAAAUAAUAUUGGUCCAACGUAUUCAAAUUCGUGGAUUUUACCCAUAGUCAUUAAAAGGCACAAUGAUAAAAAUGUUAUCUACAUAGAUAAGCCAGCACCUCCAGUUGCAAGUACUAUACCAGAAAAAAAUACUUGGGUGUAUAAAUAUAUUCUGAAAUAUUUUUUUAUUGGUACCAAACAUUUAACUUUAGAGAGUAAUGAAGAUGAUAAUAUAUUUGAUGAUGUUAAUUGUGAGAAACUAUUAAAAUUAGAAGAAGAAUAUGAAAAUGCUUCAACAAAAAUUAACAAUGAGUUAUCUUCUUCAAAUGCAUCAGAAGAGGAUAAAAGUUUUGAAGAAAUUUUAACUCAACAGAAUCUGACAAACUGUGAAGAAUCUUUGCAUACAACCACUUCUAAUUUUUGUAAUUCCUUUAGUUCUACAAGUAAUGAAGUAGAUAUACAAAAUGGAACCUCUGAAGUGAUGGAAAAUUGUGUAUCAUAUAACUUGUUUACAAUUGGGUCACUACUUUCAGAACAGAAUGAAUUAAUGAAAGAUGUUAUUAAAGAAUAUAAAAUGUUAGUUCGAACAAAAACACAUGGGUUUGAGACUUUAGAGAAUGAAGUACAAAGAUUGUUAUUGUUAACACCAAAAUUAGAGCAUCAGACUGAUCUUGGUGCUGAAGCUGUAACAUUAGAAGAAGGAUUAAAACAAUGGGUAUCUUUGAUAUUUAGGCCUCAUACAUUUCUAGCUCGAGUUCGAAUAUUAAGUGAAACAUCAGAAAUAUUACAAAUAGAACAUCGUACAGCAACAUCUAUAAAUAAUGAAAUUAAAAGACUUUAUAACACAAAAGUUGAAGAUACUUUAAUAAUUUUACAUAAUGUUAUUCAAUCUCUUGCAAAUUUAUCUCCAGGACGUUAUAUUUUGAGGCAUACAAUAAGAAAUGGAGCAUUUGCUCCUGUUUUUAAAUUAGCAGAAAGUUCAGGAAAAAAUAAUCUUGAUAUUCAUACAAUUUAUGAUGAGAUAUUUCACACUUUACCUAAUCCACCUUGGAUUCCAUUAGACAAAACCUUACCAACUCCAAUGCUUAAAUGUUUUGAAAGAAUGCCAGCUUUGUUUUAUCCAUCAAAUAAUAAAACAUGUUCUGUUAAUAAAAAACACACCAAAUAUAACACAGGAUUUGCAUGUAGAAGUUUAAGAAAUAACAAGAAAAAAUGAUCACUACUCGAUAUCAACAAGUGGAGAAAUACAUUUCUUUAACAAAUCAGCUUUUUCUAUUGUUUUUAUUUCUCUACUUAAUAUACAAACACAAAUUUUAAAUUUUAUAUGCUUCCAUUAUUAUUUGUUUAUUACAGUGAGAUCUAAAGUGUGAUACAACCUGUGUUACAAAUGUAUACAUUUGAUGUAAUUUUAAUUGUUUUUUAACUUUAACUAUAAUAAAUUAUUAUUGCAUCUGUAUAA